UUGCUCGACCAACCAGAAGUUCGCAACUGCGGGACUUCGGUGAAUCUGUUUCGCUCGUCCGCAUACUGCACGGCUUAACAUUUCUUGUGGAAAUCUUGAGAUAGAACAACAACCGCUGAAUAAGGAGAGCUUACGGUUGCCACUUUUGACGGGUUGGGCUCCCCUACCCACCACACCCCAUCAUGCCUUUGGUGACGAGGAAUAUAGAGCCGCGGCAUGUGUGUCGCCAGACCAUCCCCUCCAACAUCCGCAGUGAGCUGGAAUGUGUCACCAAUAUCAGCCUGGCCAACAUCAUCCGCCAGCUCGGCAGCCUCAGUAAGUAUGCGGAGGAUGUGUUUGGGGAGCUGUUUGUCCAGGCUGGAGCAUUUGCCCUCAGAGUUAAUACACUUGGAGAAAGAGUUGAUCGUCUGCAGGUUAAAGUCACACAGCUGGACCCCAAAGAAGAGGAGGUCUCUCUCCAGGCCAUCACUACUCGUAAGGCUUUCCGUAGCAGCGUGACUCAGGAUCAGCAGCUGUUCACCAGGCCGUCUCUGCCACUGCCUGUACAAGACACCUACACGACCUGUGAUCCGCCUCCACCGCUCAACCAGCUCAGUCAAUACCGGGAGGAUGGGAAGGAGGCCCUGAAGUUUUACACUGAUCCUUCCUACUUCUUCGACCUGUGGAAGGAGAAGAUGCUGCAGGACACCAAGGACAUCAUGAAGGAGAAACGCAAGCACAGAAGGGAGAAGAAAGACCAUCUGAACCAACGAACACUCAAUCCUCGAAAGAUCAAGACCAGGAAGGAGGAAUGGGAACGCCGUAAGAUGGGAGAGGAAUUUGUGGUGCCAAAGAAUGAAAUGAUGAAUUCUUCUGAGGGUCUGAAUGGGAGUAUUGGGUCUGGAGAGGGCUUCACUUCUGAAGGCCUUGAGCAGAGUACUGGCUCCUAUGCUUACGAUCCUAGCUCCCCUCUCUCCAUGCCUGGCUCUGAUGACUUCCUGCCUCCUCCACCUCCAGACAUGGCGUACAAUGAUGGACAGUACGGAGCGCCAACCCAGAAGCGUGUCAGCGUGCUCAGUCCAUCCCACCCACCUCCUGCUCCCCCCAUGGCCUCCUCUCCUCCCAACUCCCGCCCCAACCUUGCCCCUCCCCCCGCACCUCCUCCCCCUCCUCCACCCUCUGGUUUUGGGGUCCCCCCACCUCCCCCUGGCUUUGAUGCCCCGCCUUCACCUCCCCCUCUCUCCUCCUCUCCCUCUGCCUAUCCCUCCCCACCUGCUCCCCCUCCUCCACCUACUAUGUCCACUGUUUCUCCUCCUCCUCCGCCACCCAUGCCUCCAGGUGCUGGUCCUCCACCGCCUCCUCCUCCACCACCUCCCCCUGGGCCUCCUCCCCCCGCCUUUAAUAACUCUGCUCCCCCACCCCCCUCUGGUGGUGGGUCAGCACCCAGCUCUGCUCCCAAACCGCAGCCGGCGCCAGAACCAGAGGGUGACGCUCGCAGUGACCUGCUGCAGGCCAUCCGACAAGGUUUCAACCUCCGGAAGGUGGAGGCACAGCGGGAGCAGGAAAAGCGGGAUCACUUUGGAAACGACGUGGCCGCCAUCUUGUCCCGUCGUAUUGCCGUAGAGUGCAGUGACAGUGAGGAUGACUCUUCAGAGUUCGACGACGACGAGUGGUCCGACUGAUCAUCAUCCCUGUUCACCUUCACUACCACCUUCGUAUCUCUCCUCAGCCCUAAAACAGAAUACAUUCUUAAGUACCGGUGGAUCGGAGGUCCAUGUUCUGUCUGUGUGUGUGAGUAAGACAGUUUGAGACCACACGUGACCUAUUACUAAUCACAUUCCUUGGCUCAUUUCUUUCUAUUUAUCCAAAAAUGAUUCAGAUGGUGCAAAAUCUGAAGAUGAGCCUGAGCCCGCACAGUUGUGCCCCAGUUUUGCCAUUGCUUUCACUGGAUGACACACCACUGUUAUUGAUAUGAGAGUGUUAUGUGAUGUGAUGCACGUCUCUCUGCUGAGUCUGUGCGUAAACCCAUUGCCCCUGUCCUUAUCUUAGUGUCUGGUAGAAUCAGGUGCCCUUUGCUGCAGGCCAAGUGCCUGAUUUUAUCUGCUUUAGUGUAUCGUGGCAAAGGAUAAUAGAGAGGGAGCACACACACACAGGCAGGCAGCCUCUUCUGUUCACAGUAUUUGUAUGUACUCAGUGGAAAGACGCAAGGUGUUGAUGUCAAAACAUUCUCCUUCAUUAAUAGAUUAUAUGAUAUAGAUGUAAAAUUUAUAUUACAUAUCGAUUCAUAUCUACUAAAGAUGCAGUCCUCUUUAAAUCCCUUUAAAAGCACAGUUUUACUGUCACUUUUCUUCCCCUCACUUUUAUAUUCAGUCUUCUUUUUCUGUGGUUGUCAUGGGAACAAUUGACUUGUGGAUGAGACCUGGUUGUGUCUUAUAAACAAACUGAUGAAUGAAUUAUUCAGUGCGAUAGGGGAAGUAUUGUCAGACACCUGGGGUGUUUGAUGAGAUCACCAUACAGAACAUAUGCAGACAUUUAGCACAAACAUCAUGUAUUUUGUACUGUGUCUCAGCUCUGUUUUGUAUUUCUUCCUGCCAUUUUUAAUUUCAAACUUCUCUGGGGGUGAACUAUUUUCUGAUGCUUUAAUCAUCGGUGCUCAGUGUAGAAUGAGGCAGCCUUUUGUCUCCUGCCUGAUAAGUGUCUUUUUUAUAGUGCAUUUCAGUGUCAGUGCAGGUUUAUUUUGCUCAUCCACUGUGGUCACUAAUCACCUUCUUCAAAAGAAAUUAACAGUUGCCAUUAAUGAGUCAAAUGUAGAACUGACUGAUGUUUGGUGUGGACCACGUAUUUUUCAAGUGCCUUUUAUUUUUAAGUCUGUGUUAAAGCACAAUCGCACAGCAUGCUUAGCCAAAGUUCUGCUUCUCCUGCCUUAAAUUUCCAAAUGAUUCUAGUUAUUUCAAUAAAGAUAGAGUGAAUUACA